CUCCGCCCGCCCGCGAACACGCUCUCUGCUCACACAAUUAAUACAGUGAACACAACUCAGUACUCUUCGAAAUUGUGUAGUGCAAACUCGAAUUUUCUAAAGACAGACAUAGCAAAGUAUGUAAAAAAAUCAGAUAAAAACUAACUGACAUGUAAUAAAACCAUAAUAAACAACAGCUGUUUGUUCCGCGCAGCUCUGUGCAGACAUUUACUCUUUAAAUAAAUUUGCAUAAUAUUGUGUGAAAUAUUUUUCUAAAUAAUGAUGUGAAAGUGACCCAAAAAAAACUGAAGGAACCAACGCAAAUAAUAUGUUCACAUAAUCUCUAUUCAAUUUUGCUAUUAAAACAUUUAAGUUCUUAUUCUACGACAAUUGUAAAUACGAUAUGUUUUGAGCGAAAAAUGAUGUACGUUUGGCAAAUGGACAUAAGAGGAGAGAGGGCGGAAUCAUGAGUACGACCUCGCCCAAGUCUUCGCUGGCCAAACUCGGGCUGUACUCCAAGCCGAAGCCCUUCAAGAUCAUGGUCCUGGGACAAUCGGGCGUCGGGAAAUCUGCUCUAGUCGUGCGAUUCAUCACCCGGCGCUUCAUCGGGGAAUAUGAUCCCAAUUUGGAGAAGAUUUACGCCUUUCAAACUGUAAUUGACAACGAGAUGGUAUAUUUUGAAAUAUUGGACUCUGCGGGGGAUCCCCAUGAGAGCGAGUACACAAAUUUGGAGAGCAACAUCAAGUGGGCCGAGGCGUUCAUCCUCAUGUACUCCGUGACGGACAAGUGCUCCUUCGACGAGUGUCAUCGUCUCAAAUUCCUAAUCAACUAUAACAAAAGGCGGCGCAGGAUAACUUCAUCUAUGAAGGAUAGCGUAUUGGACACGCCAGUGGUGUUGGUUGGCAACAAGGUGGACCAGCCCGGCGACCGCAUGGUGUCCACCGAGGAGGGCCAGCGCCGCUGCAAGGACAUCGGCUGCGUGUGCUUCCACGAGAUCUCCGUCCGCGAGAGCAUCGACCAGGUGUGGGGAGUAUUCCGCGACGCGCGGCGAUUCUGGCGCGUGAGCAGCAAGUGGGGCCGCGGCCGGGCCUCGGCGGAGGCCGACGUGCACCCGUCCGCGCUGGAGCGCCCGCUGGCGCGCGCCUCCUCUGACACCACGCCCGAACCUGGCUCGAUUUGUCAUCGCUGGUCCGAAAUGGAGCCCGACGAGCCCGGCUGCAGCCGCAGCGACUCCACCUCGUCCUCCGGCCAAUCCGAGAGCACGGAGGAGUUCCGCGCGCGCGCCAGCACGGACUCGCGCCUGCCGCCCCGACCCGCGCGCCUCCGGCACCCGCCAGUCGUCAGGAACCCGCCACCGGUCAGGCGGAUGAGCGUCGCUAUGAGGGGAAACAAUUCUAGUACUUAUUGAAGUUACACAAUACUGACAGAAGUAGGUACUCUGAAAGUGACGAACCCGAGGGCCACGGAACCAACGCUGACGGUGAUUGCCAUAGGUACAUUGGUUAAAACAAAUAUGUAUACUCGUAUAUGACAAGCAGGAUGAGCGUCAAGCGUGAACGCAAGGAGCGUGCGUUUCACGGCUGAAGCGUAGGUUACGUUGGCGUUCGUCAGUCACUGGCGAACUUCCACCGGUGUCGCGGUCUGCCGUAGUAUAAACGCUCUAUUCUUAAUCCUAGUACCGGAGAUUAACCGUGACACUACGCCCGUAUUAUCUCGCUCAUUCUUCUAAUAACAAUUUCUGUAUAUUCGUGAAGGGUUGGAGCCUAGCGGACGAUAAGAAGUCUGGGCGGGAUCAUACGGGCGUUAUUUUUACCUAUAUAUCAAAAACGCAGAAACCGGCGUACAUUUCUUUGAAAUAUUUUAAUAUUUGGACGGAAUAAUUUUUAUGAAAAAAUACGACUUCAAUGAGGGAAACCGGUGACAGAAAGAUUAUUGUUGAUUUUGGAUUUCAUACAAUGAAAUUAAAAAGACGAAGUUCCCGCAAUAUGGUUUUCAUCACACUUGCUCGAAAAAGUCCUUAUUUCAUGCAGGUGUACUGAAGGACAAAGGCCUAUUUUGUUCCCUCGGGAGUUAUGGAUUGUGAAAAAAAAAAGCUAUAACUCCCUAUGGAGUUUGGCAGUUUGUUCUCUUCGCAUGUUUGUCAAGCAGUUAGGUUUUCACGGCAAAUUUUUCUCAAGCUUGAGUUCUGAUGAUGGGUUCUAUGAGGAAUUGAGGGUACUUCACAACUCUUUUAAGCAAACUUAUAGCCAUUUUUAUUAUAUUUUCUAAUAAUUAUCUGUUGCUUUAUUUUAUGCUUGGUGUGAAAUAAUUUAUUUUAUAUACAGUCGAAUAGCCUGAUGUAUCUUAUCAGUCAACCAUAGGGCAAAUCUGAAAUAAGUUAAGGUGGGUGCAGCAAAAAAAAAUUACCUCCUUUUCUACAUAAUUAGGCGUAGGACGCUGUCUUUUUAAUUUCAUUGUAUGAAAUACAAAAUCAACAAUAAUCUUUCUUUCAACGCACCGGUCUCCCUUAUUAAAGUCGGUUUUUUUUUCUUAAAAAAUAUUUUCGAUAUUUUUAUUUAUUAUAAGAGUUAGGAGCGAAAAACACAUAGCAUACAAUUUUUAAAAAGCUAUUAACCCUUAAAAGUCGAAAAAAUUCAAUCAAAGGCGCACAGCUAUGCUUUAUACAUCAAAUUGGGUUAAAUAUUUUCUAUAAUGUUAACGUCUUAUGUGUUUAUACGUCUCUAUCGAGAAGCGGUCGCGUAACUUCGCCCCCUUUCCUAUUA